AUGAGGUUCAUUUUCUAAUGGUAACGUGCUUGCAGGACUUCUUUGGAGAUGACGACGUCUUCAUUGCGUGUGGGCCUGAGAAGUACCGGUACGCUCAGGAUGACUUCGUGCUGGAUCACAGCGAAUGUCGUGUUAUGAAGUCCUCUUAUUCCCGAUCGUCUGCCAUGAGGUACGCUGCAUCCAAAAGUCCAGGACCUUCACGUCGAAGCAAAUCACCUGCCUCAGUAAAGAGGGGUGGCCACUACUCCAGUGCUCAUUCUUCAGCAAAAUCCCCAGUUAAUGGAACCCCAAGCAGUCAGUUAUCUACCCCAAAAUCUACAAAGUCCUCCAGUUCUUCACCAACAAGCCCAGGCAGCUUUCGUGGACUCAAGAUCUCUCCACAUGGUGGAUCUUCUUCCAAUGUGAAUGGUGUACCUGAAUCACUCCGUUGCCAGAGUCCUGAAGGCGUGAAUGGAAACAAGUUUUCAGGGUCAUCUACCAUUCUUGAGAAGUACAAAGUGGGGAAGGUGAUUGGUGAUGGCAAUUUUGCUGUGGUAAAGGAGUGUGUAGAACGAUCCACAGGAAAGGAGUUUGCCCUGAAGAUCAUAGACAAGGCUAAAUGCUGUGGAAAGGAACACCUGAUUGAAAAUGAAGUGUCUAUUCUGCGCCGAGUGAAGCAUCCAAAUAUCAUUAUGCUUAUAGAGGAAAUGGACACCCCAACAGAACUCUAUCUGGUGAUGGAGCUGGUCAAGGGAGGAGAUCUAUUUGAUGCUAUCACUUCAUCUACAAAAUACACAGAGCGAGAUGGGAGUGCAAUGGUCUACAAUUUAGCCAGUGCUCUCAAAUACCUUCAUGGUCUCAACAUUGUGCACAGAGACAUCAAGCCAGAAAAUCUUCUGGUAUGUGAAUAUUCAGAUGGAACCAAGUCUUUGAAGCUUGGAGACUUUGGACUGGCGACUGUGGUUGAAGGGCCUUUAUAUACUGUCUGCGGUACGCCCACCUACGUGGCUCCAGAAAUCAUUGCAGAGACAGGAUAUGGCCUAAAGGUGGAUAUUUGGGCUGCAGGUGUGAUCACAUACAUACUGUUAUGUGGAUUUCCACCUUUUCGCAGUGAAAACAACCUUCAGGAAGACCUCUUUGAUCAGAUACUUGUUGGGAAGCUGGAAUUUCCUUCUCCCUACUGGGAUAACAUCACUGAUUCAGCAAAGGAGUUAAUUAGCCUGAUGUUACAUGUGAAUGCUGAGGCCCGAUAUACAGCAGCACAGAUCCUAAGCCAUCCCUGGGUGUCAGAUGAUGCUUCCCAGGAGAAUAAUAUGCAAGCUGAAGUAACAGGUAAACUGAAGCAGCACUUUAAUAACACCCUACCCAAGCAAAAUAACACAUCUGCUGGGGUUUCUGUCAUCAUGAACACAGCUCUAGAUAAAGAGAGUCAGAUUUUCUGCAGCAAGCGCUGUCAGGACUCUGGUAGAGCUGGAAUGGAGAAAAUUUCUGCAAUUGCUGCUGCAGCUGAUGAUCCUCGUGUGGCUGGGUCCGAGACCCUCUUCCCUGCUGCUUCUGAGCCACUCCGAUCCCCCGCGCUGCCUGCCUCAGGAUCUCCUGAGCUUGCUGGGGAUCAGCCUGGUGCGUAAGGACUGACGAAAACAAAUCCAACUGAAGCUCCCCACACUCUGGCUACAGUUUCUCCUCAUUUCCCAUGACUGUUUUUAGUUUGUGUGCUCCUCUCGUGGCGAGCCCCUGCCAGGCUCUGAUCUUCUUUCUCAUAGUGGGUGAGUGAACGUGCGCUUUGAGUGCUCUUUGCCCUUGUCUUCAGAGCAGCGGUAGGGGAAAGACUCUGGCAAAUGUUAGAUGAUUUUAAAGUUAUCUGUGUUAGUAAUUAACUCCAUUUCACACAGCCUUGGGCUCUAAAUAGACUAACUUAUGGUGUAGCUAACCAUAUUUUUAUAUGAGCAGUGAGAUGAUGAACAGUGACCGGGCCUCCCCUCUACAAGCACGCCCCGUUCUGUUCUUCUCAUGAGAAUUGUCAGAAAAGUGGGAGAGGAAGACAAGGGAUGAAAACUUCUAUUUGCCUUCUAUUCCAAUGCCUCUAUUUUUAGCCAAGUUUCUACUAAACUUGAAGAGGCAAAUUUUCAUGAAAGAUUUUUUAGUGGACUAACUGUAAAAUAUCACGAGACAAACACUGGAGAUAGAGAGGGAAGGAUGGUUGUUUUCCAUCAAGUUUGUUAUCUAACUUGCAGGCAGGGUAGUGUUUAGAUAAUAUAAAUUUA